CCCAUCCGCCACGCGCACGCGACACCGCACUGCACGGCGCCUCGCCCUGUACGAACUCGUGCGCGUCGCGUCACCAACCGGCGGGGACAAAACCGCACCGCUUCCCACCCCCCUCCCACACCAUCCAUAAACCUCACUGCCAGGCCCCGCUCUCCUCUCCUCCCUCCCAGCGGUCCUGCACGCGGAUGAUCGUGUAGUGAUCGGAUCAAUCAAUCGAUGAAGGUGCUCUGCUCUGCGUGCGAGGCGGCCGAGGCGCGCGUCGUCUGCUGCGCCGACGAGGCCGCCCUAUGCGCGCGCUGCGACCGCGACGUGCACGACGCCAACCGCCUCGCCGGCAAGCACCACCGCCUGCCCCUCCUCUCCGCCGCCUCCAACCCGCCCGCCGUGUCCGCGCCGAACUGCGACAUAUGCCAGGAGGGCCACGCCUACUUCUUCUGCGUGGAGGACCGCGCGCUGCUCUGCCGUAGCUGUGACGUCGCCGUGCACACUGCCAACGCCUUCGUCUCCGCGCACCGGAGGUUCCUCCUCACCGGCGUCCAGGUCGGCCUCGAGCCCGACGAACAAGAAGAACCGGUGCCAGAGCCUGAGCCGGAGCCGCAACCGCCCAACAACGCCUCGUCGGCUCCCCUGCAACCACCGAUGUGCCCCAGGAAGAGGAGCCCGACGCCGCUCUACAGCGAUGGAGACAUCGACUGGGCGGCCGGCCCGGACGUCGGCAUCACGGGGAACUUGCCCGAUUGGUCGGUCAUCGAUGAGCAGUUCGGCAGCGGUACCCCGGCGUUGAGGCCCGCGGAGCCGGAGGUAAUCAAAGCCCCUCCGAAGAAGAGCCCCCGGGUGGCCGUCACGGCGGCGAGCGCGGCCCUUUUUGGCGGGAGCAUGCCGGACUGGCCGCUGGACGAGUUCUUUGGAUUCACCGAGUUCAACUCCGGCUUCGGAUUCGCGGAAAAUGGCACGUCCAAGGCCGACAGCGGGAAGCUCAGCUCGCCGAACCGCCGUUCGAUGUCGUCGUCCUCCUCCGGAAACGCCGCCCAGAACGCGCAAGAUUUCUUCGGCCAGGUGCCGGAGGUCCACUGGUCGAGGUCGUCCAUGCCGGAGCUCCCCUCCCCGCCGACGGCCUCAGGCCUCCACUGGCAGGGAGACCCGCAUUACGGCUCUGCCUCUGACUCCGCGGCCGUGUUCGUGCCGGACAUCUGCUCCCCGGAGAACCCCUUCCGGUGCUUCACGGCGGGCGCCGAUCAACAGCUCAAGCGCCGGCGGCGAUGCUAACAUGGCAACGGCGGAGACGCUGGCCGUCGGUCGAUCAGGUCGUGCCGGAACUAGAUUGCAGGUCGUGUGCUUGGAAGCUGAAACUAGCGUGCAGAAGAGAAGACUGAAGAAGGAGAUGAUGCUACUAAUAGAUGGGCUAGUGGUUAGUAUGAUACUGUGAUCCACAUACAUAUACCGCAGAUCGGCAGUAGCUCUGGGACUGAUUAGUUGUUAAUUACGGGGUCUGUUUGUGCAUCGUUGCUUGUAAUUGUGAGUUUAGCUCGGGAUGUUAAACGAAAACAGUGGUAAAAACUAAGGAAAGGCAAUAAAAACAGUGAGAGUGCAAUGGUUGGCACUAGAUGUUUGGAA